UGCCAUAGAUUUCAUCCUAAGCAAUUUACCAAAAAAAAAACCCCAGAAAAAUGAAAAAGCUAUGACUAUAUGAUAAACCCAUCAUUAAAUUUUUUUCAAGUUUUUUUUCUUAAUCUCUCUAUGAGAGAGAGUUUUGAGAAGAGGGCAUGAAGAACACCAUUAGGUGCUGCAUCUCUUGUAUUCUUCCAUGCGGAGCACUCGAUGUGAUUCGCAUAGUACACACCAAUGGCCGUGUUGAAGAAAUCAGUGGCUCUAAUAUCAAAGCCGGUGACAUCAUGAAGGCUUACCCUAAACAUGUCCUCAAGAAACCUUCCUCUCCUUCCCAUGAUGGGAUGGCUCCGAAAAUCGUCAUCGUCCCACCUGAAGCCGAGCUCCGACGUGGGAAGAUUUAUUUCCUCAUGCCGGUCCCUUCCACACCGGUAAAAACCCGGACGACGACCAAGAAGAAAAGAAGGGAUCAUCGCAUCGGCAACAGCAGCCAAAGCAUGAGCAACACCAACGCGAUUUCAAUGGCGAAUCUUUUGGAAUCGGAUCAGUAUUUAAGUGAGAUACUUUCGGAGAAAGUGUCGACACAAAGGGAUCGAAGAAGAGGACGAGUUGGGGUGUGGAGACCACACUUAGAGAGUAUCUCCGAGACGCCAAAUUGAUGGUUGUUUGUUGUUUAUCAUCAUCGUCGUCAAGUAAGCUGUGAUAUAUUAUUGCUAGUAGCAUAAAUAAGGAAAAUGGGAUUUACAAUUUUCUUCAUAUUUUGAUAUGAUUCAUGGAAAAAAAAAAACGUUAAGUACAUCCAUCCAUUAGGGUUCCAGGAACAGCUUCCUGUUUGGUUUUUUUUUUUUUUUUUGGUCCUUUUAUUAGUUUUGUGUAUAGCUAUGCAAUUUGUAAGAACUAAACUAUUUGAGCUCUAAAUCCACGAUGAUUCUUACAAAUACAAUGUAAGAAUAUCAAAGCUUAACUAUUGCUUUCUUA